UCCGACCAGCCCCCGCGCCGCCUCCUUCGACCACCAUCUCACUGGCCCCUGAGGUCCUCUGCCCGCCGGCUACGACCGUCCUUCCGCCGAGCCCUGAGGUCCUCCGCCCCGCCGGCUCCAACCACCGUCCUCGCUCUCCUCCGCCGGCAGCGACGAGGCCAUCUAGCCUGCUGCUGUUGGCCUUUGACCUGUACCUCGGUGGCCCACUCUAUUAUUUGUUUCUGGCUCAGCCACUGCCUCAGAAUAGUUUAGGACCUGAGAAGUCCUUUACUCCAUUAGGCAAAACAAUGGAGGACUGUGCAGCCACCCCAGUACGCCGCCCUGCCGACCCCUCCUCCCCAUCCCCAACCCCGUCUCCCUUGUCUCUGCGCCAGUGGCGCCCAGCAGCGCAGCGCAACCUGCGCAACCAGUGGUCGCGCCUGCUUGCCGCCAAGACCCGGUGGCUGGCCGCCACCGCCAAUGGCCGCUCCCAUGCUGCUGCGCUCGUCAACGCCAACCUCUCCCAUGGUUACAUGCCAGGGAUGGAUUUGGGAGUGCUCAAGGACAUGCCCAGGAUCCGCGACAGGGCGAGCGCCAAAUUGGCCCACAAGGAGGUGCAGUGCCGUGAGAUGCUUCUAUCAGCCUACAAGGAGAUGGUCUGUGCCGUGUCUGACUUGGUUAAAGCUUCUCAUGCCAUGCGGUGUUUCUCUAAAGUAUCUUCUGGCAGCCCACUAGUCCGAUUUACGGACUGCCAGGAUGAUUUGAAUGAUUUAGGGGAUGGUGGGGGAGCUCCAGUAUACAGAUGGGUGUCCAUGCUAGAAUUUGAGAACCUUGCCAAAGAGCUUGUUGAGAUGUUUGUUUCAGAGCUACAAUUGAAGAGACUGAUUGUCUUGAACCUCCUGUCAAUUAAAUCAAAAGGAGGUGCAGAUCCUUCUUUAGAAUGGUCGGAUGAGCUAUAUGACGGGGAAUUGUACAAAUUUCAGAGUAUUGGCCUGGGCUCUGGAGACAGCUUCCCACUGCCUGAGAAUUGGAGGGUUGAUGUCUUGCAGGCAUGGCAACCUGGCCAUGCUCCAUCCCAUGAGGUUUUACAGGUUUAUUUAACCUCUUGGCUUGCUAAUGUGAACAUCAAGACGAGUAGAAUCGACGAAAUAUUUGAGCUUGUUGGGGAAGAGAUGCAAAUCAAAUUGCGCUGAAAACUUUGAUGCAUGGAAUUUAAGUGAGAACUAUUCGGGAAUGACCCAUCUCCCUUUUGAUGCAUAGAAUUUAAGUGAGAACUAUUCGGGAAUGACCCAUCUCCCUUUCAGAGGCUAUUUUUCCUUAACGGAAGUCAUUUAGGGUAAUUAGCAUGUGUGAUCUGCCCUAAGAAAGAGGGCUCGUCUAAUUUUUCUCAAAUGUAUUACUGUUAUGCUUGAAUUGUCUCCUGGUAGUAUUAAAGAUUUUCUAGGUUUUCCUCAA